AUAAGCAUAGUUAGUGUACACUGCCAGUGCAUAUGGUUGGGGAAGAUGACGCUGACUAUGGUGGCGCCUGAAAAUUUUUGUAUAAAUUGCUGAAGUUUGAGUAUUGCAUCGUCAGUACAGCAUUUGAUUUAGUUUAAUAAACAACAUCAAUAGCAACAGAAAGUGUAAAAUAUACAGAACUUUCCAUCCUUCUAUCCCCACUAUUCACUAUUUUUUUCACAUAACCAAAUCAAAAAAUCAAACGAAACACUCCAACCACUGUGAAACACAUCACUCAUACGCACCGUUGCACCGAAAAAGGAUUACAAACAUAUAUACGGUACGAGUGUCUGUGUACGUGUGUUAAAGGAUUAGAGCAGCAGUAAUAAAAAAACGUGUCGGUCGAUUGCACAUCGGUUUCCGGUUUAUAGAACAUUCAACGUUAACGUCAAAGUGCGCGUGUGCUCGUUUUUCGCAUUCGUAACGAAAUGAAAGCCUUCAUCUUAUUAUCCUGUAUAGCGCUGUCGGCUGCUAGGCCCGAAGCAGGUUACGCUUAUAACAGGCCUGGUGGUGGCGGUGGUUUCGGCGGUGGCUCAGGUGGUUUCGGCGGCGGCUCUGGCGGAUUUGGCGGUGGCGGCGGUGGUGGACUCGGCGGAGGACUUGGCGGUGGACUCGGUGGUGGUGGCGGACUCGGUGGAGGUGGCGGAUUUGGCGGCGGCUCUGGCGGUGGCUUCGGCGGUGGCUUUGGAGGUGGUUCCCUUGGCGGCGGCGGCGGCGGCGGUGGCGGCUUCGGAGGAGGUGCUGGUGGCGGUUUCGGAGGCGGCGGCGGUGGUGGUGGCGGUGGCACCACACUUGUGCAGAAACACAUUUACGUUCACGUACCACCACCAGAGCAGGAGGAUGUGCGCCCACGUCCCAAUAUUCCCAUUGGCCAAUCGCAGAAGCAUUACAAGAUCAUCUUCAUUAAGGCACCAUCUCCACCUAGCUACCAGGCACCAGUUAUUCCACUGCAGCCACAGAACGAAGAGAAGACACUCGUCUAUGUUUUGGUCAAGAAACCAGAAGAUCAGCAGGAUAUUGUCAUUCCCACACCAGCGCCCACACAGCCCUCCAAACCCGAAGUGUACUUCAUCAAGUACAAGACCCAAAAGGAUGGCGGUGGUAUUGGCGGUGGUAUCGGCGGUGGCAUUGGCGGUGGUAUUGGCGGUGGUAUUGGUGGCGGUAUUGGCGGUGGUAUCGGUGGCGGUGAUGGUGGUUACUCCGGUGGUGGCGGCGGUGGUGGUGGUGGUGGUGACAUCUCGGCGCCAUCCUCCAACUACGGACCACCCGGCAAAUCUGGACCUUAUUAAAUGGUUGCUUGCAGCUAAAGUUCAAGUGCAACAGAAACUAUGCCACACAAAUUACAAAAGCGACGAAAAACAAAAAAAAAACUACGAAAAUCACGACGGAAUUCAAAGACGACGAACCAAAAACCAAACGAUGCUGGACGAAAUUCGACGACGCUGCGAUGAUAAUAGCUAAAGUUGCCGGCUAGUCUUGUUAACCGAUAACAAAUUGGUUAUUUGUUAUUGUAUUAUAUUUUUAUUUAAUUUUUGGUUUCGAUUUUCGACAAAUUCUGUUCGAACCAAACGCUGUACAGGAAGCUUGAAGAUGAUAAAAUCGAACAAAACAAAAGUUGCAUAAAAUGCCGAAAAUGCUGUGACUAACCCAUAAGCCAGGUCAGCGAAAAAAACUGCCUGUAAAAAACCUUGACUUUGACCCAACAAGCACAGCACAGUGAUGCGCCCAAAUUGACACACCCAGCUAUCGAGCGCAACACACGCGCUGAAGUGUGAGUUGCCGCCAAAAAUGCUUGCGGUGCUGCUCUCAUCGGACUCACUUGAAUUGUUCGCCCUCAGAAUUCUGUGCUCAAAUGUCAAACGUCAAAUGGUCGAAAUAACCUUGCCCAUCAUCCCACAUUACCAAACAACUACAAACUCAUACUCAUCGUUCUACAAUACUACUCUACGAAUCUCUCUCCAUCCCACUCAUGCAAUCACUCUCUAUCACAACUCUCGUUUGUGAGGCGCGCCAUCUCUACAUUUGUGUCGCAUCUUGUGCUGUGAGAGCGAUCACUCUUGUGCGUGUCAUCUUUUGUAUAUAAGCCAUUUUUCCCUGUAUAUCUACAUAUGUAUUGAUCUUUUUGUUGUAAAUGCGUAUAUAAUAAAUAAUUUGCUAGUUAUAAGUGCGAUGCGUUGAUUAAGAUAAUAACCCUCAGUAGACCCACUUAAAGCGCUAUUGACGUCUUUGUACGUGUGUUUGUAUAUUGACAGGCGCAAGCCCAUAAUAUUAAUUAUUAACUUGCGAUAUAUGUAUUAAUAUUUAAGUAUUUGUAUUAUGCGCAGUAUAAAAAAACAACGGUGA